AAAAGCAGCGACCUCUCAGCACUCCCCACAGCACAGGGAGUUCGCAGCUCGCGGCGUCCGGGACUGAACCGCCGAGAGCUCGAAUGAAACCGCCUGGGGCUGAGCGGAGGGCCGACGCCCGCCAAGUAAGGACUACAACUCCUGUCAGACUUCACCCGAGUUUAGGGGUUCUCUACACUUUAUCAUCCGCGUAUCCCUCAGUGGCUCCGCCCCUCCGGGGGCGCUCUUUUUUCCCUUGGCGGUCCUGAGCGUGGCUGCGCCCCCGUCACCGGAAGAAUCCGUGUGACGUCACGAGUGUCUACGUGUGGCGCGGGGGAGGGAGUUAGCGGACGGUCCCUGGCUCGGUUCUGGAGGCCCCGGGACCGCGGAAGAGGCUCCAGAGGGUGGCCGCGAUGCCUCGCCCGCGGCGGGUCAGUCAGCUCCUGGAUCUAUGCCUUUGGUGCUUCAUGAAGAAUAUUUCCAGAUAUAUCACAGACAUUAAGCCUUUGCCUCCCAACAUAAAAGAUAGACUGAUCAAAAUAAUGAGCAUGCAGGGGCGGAUAACAGAUUCAAAUAUAAGUGAGAUUUUACAUCCUGAAGUUCAAACUCUAGAUCUACAGAGCUGUGAUAUUUCAGAUACUGCUCUCCUGCACCUGUGUAACUGCAGAAAACUGAAGAAAUUAAAUUUAAAUUCCUCAAAAGAAGACAGAAUUUCUAUAACUUCAGAAGGAAUAAAAGCUGUGGCUUCAUCUUGUUUAUACCUGCAUGAAGCUUUUUUGAAAAGAUGCUGCAAUCUCACUGAUGAAGGAGUCCUUGCUCUUGCACUCAAUUGCCGGCUGCUAAAGGUCAUUGAUUUAGGUGGCUGCUUAGGUAUUACUGAUGUGUCCCUACAUGCAUUAGGAGAAAACUGCCUAUUUUUGCAGUGUGUUGACUUUUCAGCUACUCAGGUAUCUGACAGUGGUGUGAUUGCACUUGUUAGUGGGCCUUGUUCCAAGAAAUUAGAGCAGAUUCACAUGGGACAUUGUGUGAAUCUGACUGAUGAGGCUGUGGAAGCUGUCCUUACUUGCUGCCCUCAGAUAUGUAUAUUCCUCUUCCAUGGAUGCCCCCUGAUAACAGAUCAUUCAAGAGAAGUCUUGGAGCAAUUAGUAGGCCCAAACAAACUAAAGCAAGUGACCUGGACUGUUUAUUAAUGCUUAUUGAAGCUUAUCAAACUGGAUCUUCAUACUGCUUCCACAGGAAACAACAGUCUAUAGAGAUUGGCAUUCCAUUUAAUUUAACACUAUCCUAUUAUUGUCUUAUUUCAAGUUAUAACUCUCAGCUAACCAGCUAAAUCCCAGUAUAUACAUGGUUUGUGCUUUGACGUUAACCAGACUCUUAGACCUUUUAAUAGUGCUGUUAUUCUGUAUUUGUUUAAUAAGUCAUUGUUUUUUACAUGGUAAUCCUAGCAUGACUUCUGAUCUGUUGGGGAGGUGGGUUGUGUUUUGUUUCUUAAAUAACAAAGUUUUAAAUUAUCUGUGUUCCCUGAAGAUUUCCUUCUACUUCCUAGCUAUUUGAGCUGUUAAAAGAGAAAUUUACCAAUAUAGACGAACUUUAGGAGAACUGUAAAUGAGGGUAUUUCUAAAAGCAUAAUUACCUUUGUAGCUAUUUUCUGGCUCCUGCCUUCUUUAAGUGUUUAAACACCCAUUUGCCAAAAGCAAAGCUGAACAUCAGGCUUGCAAAUUCUUUGUGGAAUUCAUUAUUUCAAUGAAACAAAGAAACAUAAUAGUUUUAUGUCAUAACCCAUAAUAUCAUCAUACACCUUAGCCAUCUAGCAUCUGAAUGCCACUGAGGCCCUUGUCCAUGCACUUAUUUCAUUGAUCUUUAUGGCUAAUCUUCCCAAAUACGUGCUAUUCAUCUAUGAACUUUCUCCCUCAGCAAAACUGCAUUUAGAAAUGUUUAAAAAUUAGUAGAUGCAAACUAUCGUUUCAGAGUUUGUAUUCUGAAACUGUAUUAGUUCCACAUUGUGAAAUAAAUAGCACAGGUCUUUGUUUUCAAAUGAAAUAUAUUACUCUUCUGUUAUCACAAAAUUGUCUGAAGUAUACUAUGCUUAACCACCCACUGCCAUUGAGUUGAUUCCAACUCAUAGUUACUCUAGGGCAGAGAACUGCCCCAUAGGGUUUCCAAGGCUGAAAUCUUUAUGGUAGCAGACUGCCACAUCUUUCUCCCAUGGAUGCUAUGCUUAAACUGCCCUCUAAAUUCAGCAUAUUCCCUGUACUAUGAGCCUGUCCAUUGAGACUUAAGUAUUUCUUGUUUUGCCUCUGAUGCAGUAAAAAAACAAAGAAUAUGGUAUGGUAAGUUUAUUGUACAUGUUUAGGGAGAGGGGUUACAUAUCUGACUCUUGUCCUUACUAUUAAUUACUUCAUAAAUGUGGCAUGUUACAGUGUAGAUAUGGCCACUGCAAAGGUGGUAUAUGUAUAUAUAUUUAAAUGGGUAAAGCCUGUUUCACCUAUGCAAUUGUUCUAAACACAAAUUCAAUAAAAUUUAAUAUUGAAUAUCUAACCAAUUCAGUAGCUCCCCCCACCCCUUUUUGUGAAACUAGUUUCAAGAUCUAAGGUUGAUCUUGUUAGAGUCUAUAAAGGAUUUAUUUUCCUAAAGCAGUUUGCAGUUUGAUCUUCUUGCAUUAUUAUUACUGGUUUCAUUAACUAUUCCUCACCACCCUGUUUAAAAUUUCAGUACCUCAUCCCCACCCCAGUACUCCUUAUUACCCUUACCUGCUUCAUUUCUCUGACCAUUACCCUCUGAGACCUAUUUUAUUUUUCAUUUGUUCAUUUUCUGUUUGCCCAUCCUAAAAUAUAGGUUCCAUGAAGACAGAUUUUUGUCCCUUUUUUUCACUGCUGUAUCCUCACUGCCUAGAAUAGUACUGGUACUUAUUAAUAAACCCUCAAAUAUUUGUUGAAUGAAUAAGGAAACAAAGAAGGAAAAAUAAUUCCCUCUGAAAAAUAGUCUCCAAGGAUAAUUAAUGGAUGCUUCACAUCUGGCAGUUUGAUACACUAUGCAUAUAUACUUCUAUUAAUUUAUAGCACACUAAACAUUCCAAGUAUUGGAAAAUAAGAGUAAACAUCCUUGCUGUAUGGGAGAAAAGAUAAAGCAUGUGACAAUUAAAUAAAACUAUCCCACAUUGCAACUCAAGGCUUGAAUUUUUUUCUUCACUUAUUUCAGCUUGAGAAAUGCCAAGCAUGUUCUUCCCUUUUGGUUUUCUAAC